GCUUCUGGUGGUUGGGUCGUAGUUGUAUGAGGAACCUGUUGUUUCAAUUUCCUUCAUUUCGAAGUUAUUUUAUUUGAAGCGAGCAAUUAGGGGGGAGAGAGAGAGAGAGAGAUCUCAACUGGGAUAUCACUGAAAUUAGCUAGAAAAUUCUGGGUCUGCUAUGUCUUCUCCCGCUGAGUUCUAUCACUCACUUCCACCCAUAAGCAAGGCUUAUGGGACCAUCUGUGUAUUGGCAACUACAGCCUAUCAACUAGGGCUUUAUGAUUUUCGAAGUAUUGCAUUAGUACAUAAACUAGUCUUCUCACAUUUUCAGGUGUGGAGGUUGAUUACAAACUUCUUUUUCCUUGGAAACUUCUCAAUCAACUUUGGAAUUCGCCUCUUGAUGAUAGCAAGAUAUGGAGUUCAACUUGAAAAGGGACCAUUUGAGCGUCGAACUGCAGAUUUCUUGUGGAUGAUGAUAUUUGGAGCCCUGACAUUACUGGUUUUAUCUGCUAUCCCUAUAUUUUGGUCCCCUUUCUUGGGGAUAUCUCUCGUGUUCAUGCUUGUUUAUGUCUGGAGUAGAGAAUUUCCAAAUGCUAACAUCAACAUAUAUGGCCUUGUGGCACUUAAGGCAUUUUAUCUACCCUGGGCAAUGCUUGCUUUGGACGUCAUUUUUGGUUCCCCAAUUAUGCCAGAUCUGCUGGGAAUCAUUGCUGGACAUCUGUAUUACUUCUUGACUGUGUUGCAUCCAUUGGCAGGUGGAAAGAACAUAUUACAGACUCCGAGAUGGGUGUAUCCUUACUUUAGUAUUUUUUGUUCUUUUAAGGUGCAAAGUAAGCAUUCAUGCACCAUAGGAGCUAUCAUAAACUCAUUCUCUCUCUCUCUCUCUCUCUCUCUCUCUCUC